AUGAAGAAGAGAGCUGGCCCGGGGGGCAGCAGCAUGAGGUCCGUAGUGGGCUUCCUGUCGCAACGGGGCUUGCAAGGGGACCCGCUGCUCACUCAGGACUUCCAGAGGAGACGCCUGCGGGGCUGCAGAAACCUCUACAAGAAGGACCUGCUGGGCCACUUCGGCUGUGUCAAUGCCAUUGAGUUCUCCAACAAUGGAGGACAGUGGCUGGUCUCAGGAGGUGAUGACCGCAGGGUUCUGCUGUGGCACAUGGAACAAGCCAUCCACUCCAGGGUCAAACCUAUACAGUUGAAAGGAGAGCAUCAUUCUAACAUCUUCUGCUUGGCUUUCAACAGUGGGAACACAAAAGUGUUUUCUGGAGGAAAUGAUGAACAAGUUAUCCUCCAUGAUGUUGAAAGCAGCGAGACCUUGGAUGUAUUUGCCCAUGAAGAUGCCGUGUAUGGCCUCUCUGUGAGUCCUGUGAAUGAUAAUGUUUUUGCCAGCUCAUCAGACGAUGGACGAGUUCUCAUCUGGGACAUACGGGAGUCUCCACAUGGAGAGCCCUUCUGCCUGGCAAACUAUCCAUCAGCCUUUCAUAGUGUCAUGUUUAACCCUGUGGAACCCAGGUUAUUAGCCACAGCCAACUCAAAGGAAGGAGUAGGACUCUGGGAUAUUCGGAAACCUCAGAGCUCUCUCUUACGUUAUGGUGGUAACCUGUCUCUCCAAAGUGCCAUGAGUGUCCGGUUCAACAGCAAUGGGACCCAGCUGCUAGCCCUUCGGCGCCGCCUGCCUCCUGUUUUAUAUGAUAUCCAUUCCCGCCUACCUGUGUUCCAAUUUGACAACCAGGGCUACUUCAACUCAUGCACCAUGAAAAGCUGCUGUUUUGCAGGAGAUCGUGACCAGUACAUCCUUUCAGGAUCUGAUGACUUCAACCUAUAUAUGUGGAGAAUUCCUCCAGAUCCAGAAGCAGGUGGCAUUGGCAGAGUGGUCAAUGGAGCCUUCAUGGUGUUGAAAGGCCAUAGAUCAAUUGUCAAUCAGGUCCGAUUUAAUCCCCAUACCUACAUGAUCUGCUCUUCAGGUGUGGAAAAGAUUAUCAAGAUAUGGAGUCCUUAUAAGCAGCCAGGCUGUACUGGAGACCUUGAUGGUCGAAUUGAAGAUGAUUCCCGCUGUCUCUAUACCCAUGAAGAAUAUAUUAGCCUAGUAUUGAACAGUGGGAGUGGUUUGUCCCAUGACUAUGCUAACCAGUCAGUCCAAGAAGACCCACGGAUGAUGGCUUUCUUUGACUCUCUAGUGCGCCGGGAGAUUGAGGGCUGGAGCUCAGAUUCAGACAGUGACCUCAGCGAGAGUACCAUCCUCCAGCUACAUGCAGGGGUGAGUGAGCGUUCAGGCUAUAGUGACUCUGAAUCCUCAGCCUCGCUGCAUCACUCUCCGCCACCCAUGGCAGAUGAGUCAGCCGAUACUACCUUCCACCUGGGACCCCUUCGAGCUACUGCAGUAGCGUCCCCCCCACCCUCUUCAUGUGAAGAUGUGGCUUCCCGACAGCAGCGCCUGUCUGCCUUGCGGAGGUACCAAGACAAGCGGCUGUUGGCCCUCUCCAAUGAGUCAGAUUCAGAUGAGAAUGCUUGUGAGGCUGAACUGGACACUGACCUCUUCCCUCGACCCAGAUCACCCAGCCCAGAAGAGAAUGAAUCUAGUAGUUCGAGUAGCAGCAGCAGCACUGAGGACGAGGAGGAGCUUAAUGAGCGACGCACUUCUACCCGUCAAAGGAAUGCUAUGAGGCGGCGGCAAAAGCCACCACGAGAUGAAAGGUCUGGUGCCCCAGCAAAGCAUGCCGGUACCUACAUUGGAGAAGACAACUAUGACUACCCACAGAUCAAAGUGGAUGAUCUCUCUUCCUCACCAGCCUCCUCACCGGAACGCAGUUCCUCCAACAUGGACAUUCACCCAGGAAGGGCCUCCCCAGCUUCUGACAUGGAGUCAGUUGAGCGCAAAAUCUACAAAGCUUACAAAUGGCUCCACUAUUCCUACAUCUCAUAUUCAACUGGCAAAGAUGAAGAAACUUCCUUAGGAGAUGGGGAGACAGAUGAGGGAAAACCUGGGACAAGUGAGAAGAGCAACCCUACCCCAUCUUCCAGUAAAAGUGGUUUGAGUGUAGCUGCUUCCCAAAGCAAUCAGGAUCUCCCCUCCGAAGGCCAAGGCAGGGAAGCUUUGAAAGAAGGCAGUCCUACCACAAAUCCUAUUAAUGGCCCAGGCUGUGAUAUUGACAGCCAUCCAUGUUCAGAGGAACAAGAAGGCACAUCCCAGGGCACCAAUAACAGCAGCUCUGUAGAACACACUUUUGAGACCAAGAAGCUCAAUGGAAAAGCCCUCUGCAAAGCCUUGAGUGAGAGGGCUGAGGAGCAGCCCUUAUCCACAGCUCCCAAAGGAUCCUGUAGCUGUCCUAGGACCCAAUCUGAUGACAGUGAGGAGAGAAACCUUGAAACUGUCUGCCCCAACCACAACAAUGGACACUUCCACCCUCGACCCCUUCACCUCCACAACAAUGGACAGAACUUUGGGGAGUCAGAGGCAGUCACCCACUCUUCCCCAGGACAUUCAGAUGCUGACAAUGACAAUGUGCUUCUGCCUGGGGCACUCUUGCACAAAGACUGCUAUCUGUCUGAAAUGGACUGUGAGGACCACAGCACUGAUACAAAAGAAGACCCAACUGAACCUCACUUGGCAGACAGCAGGGGCACCCAUGGACGAAGUGGACUCAAAAGGCACCGAGGGGAAUUGGAAGACACAGAUUCAGAGAAUUCCUGCUCAGAGAAGAAAUUAAAAACAUGAUAAAUAUAAGAGGGGGAAAAAGAGCUUACAGAAAGAACCCUAUUAAAAAGAAAAGAAAAAACAAGAAAUAACCCUGUUUAGUAAACACAGAGGAGGAAAAAAGUAUUAAAGGCACAUAGAGCCAGGGUCUAAAAUGUUGUGUCUAUGAUGCUGCUCCAUUCCAUUCGGCGAUGGGUCUAAGUGUUUGGCCAAUGGCUUGUGCUGUAUAAAGAAAAAAUUCAAGUGACUCCUUUAUUAGUGAGACUUGAGCAUAGUGUACCUGUGCAAGGUUCUGUUAAAGUAAAUCCUUGUUGAGA